AUGGCUUAUAUUUAUUUAUUUUGCAGGAUCUCAGUUCAAUCAAAACCCUCGAAGGAAAGACGAGGUGGGCACAAUGGUAGAAUACCUGAUUUUAUGUUACAUAACCAAGAUGGAACAAAAACUAGUAUUUUUACAGAAAUAACAGGCCCUUGCAAACAAAAUUGCAAAAUCAAACCAUAUUGGGAUAUUUACAGGGCAGGAAUCCAUGUAAAAGAUGCUAUUGACAGUGAUAUAAGAAAAAAUAAAAAUUUAACACCAAAUGAAACAAAAAAAAUCAUUAUUCUUAUUAAUAGUUUUAAUUUAUGUAGCAAAGGCCUACCUGUAAAUCCACUAGCAACUCGUUUGAUAAGUCAACGAAUAGGGCAAGAUGGAAUAACUAUUCCAGGACCUGCUUUAUUAUUAGACAAUUAUAGAAAAUUAACUCUUGAUGAUCUCUGCUUUUUGUUGAAAGAACCAUUUGAUAUAGAGGAGGAAAAAAAAGCUGUAAAAAUGAUGAAUGAUGCGCUUAAGGAUCUAAAAUCGCGUGGCAUAAAUCAUACUAUAAUAAUGUAA